AUGGAACGAGAGGAAGAGCUGUGUGCUCCAGUUCUCCAGGACUCCGAGGAAAGAGAGAUCCUCUUUGGGGCCUCCACAGGAGACAGUGAGAGUGUGAAUGAGAAUGACGAGAAGAACCCCCAGGAAGAUGGUCCUGAGAAUGUGAAACAGUAUGGGACGAUAUCAGAGGGGUUUGAAGAGAAUGUCUUCCAGAGCCCUGAGGAGGAGGAGGCCUAUGAGGGCCAGUACAUGUCAGAAACACAGCAGGGAGACCUUCCUGGUAAGAUACUGGGUAACUCCGUUCAUCCAGAAAGAGAUUUGGAGGCUCUCCAAGGUAUCAUCAUCCACCAGAGAAUUCCUAUAGGGGAGAGACCCUAUGUAUAUACUGAAUGUGGGGAGAGCUUCAGUCAGAGCUCGAACCUUACACAGCAUGAGAUAACUCAGACAGGAGAGAAACCUCAUAAAUGUACUGAAUGUAACAAAAGUUUCAGUUGGCGCUCAGACCUAAUUAAACACCAGAGAACCCACACAGGUGAGAAACCCUACAUAUGUAGUGAAUGUGGGGAAAACUUUAGUGUGAGCUCUCACCUUUUCACUCACAAGAGAACCCACACAGGAGAGAGACCCUUCCAUUGUAACGAAUGUGGGAAAAGCUUCAGCCGGAACUCUCACCUUAUUAACCACCAAAGAAUCCACACCGGAGAGAAGCCCUUUGAAUGUACUCAGUGUGGGAAGAGCUUCAGUGAUUUCUCAACACUUACCCAGCACCAGAGAACCCACACGGGUGAGAAACCCUACGUAUGUGUUGAAUGUGGGAAAAGCUUCAUCCAGAGCUCACACCUCGUCAGGCACCGGAGAAUCCACACAGGAGAGAAACCCUAUAAAUGUGCUGAGUGUGGGAAAAGCUUUCGAUACAAGAGUCACCUUGCCCAACACCAUAAACUCCACAUGGAGUAG